AUGCGUUUGGUUGGUCAAGGUAAUGGAAUCACCAAUUACAUAAGCCAUUCCAUUCCCUCAAAUUCAUUUCAUCCACAUCCCCUGUUUUUUUUUUCAUUCCAUUCCCUUGCACCCUUCAUCAUCAACCCUACCAACCACCAUCACCACCCGCCACCCACCGUCGCCGCCAACACCCGUCGUCGACAACCACCACCCUGGGUCGCCGCCACCGGCCACGCCGCCUUCACCUUCCGUAACCGGCCACAACCGACCACAACCAUCGCCAACCUCGGUCACUGCCCACUACUACCACCGUCGCCGCCACCGCCGACAACAACUACCCCACAUCACCGCUACCCCACAUCAUCGUCACUGCCGUCAUCACCCUCCGCCACUGACCUUCGGGGCCACCGCCCGCCACCACCGCUACCCAUCAGGGGCACCUCCACCGAUGCCAACACUAACCACCUCCUGCCGUCGUCACCCUCCGCCACCGACCACCGCCACUGCUGA